AAAGAAAUUGCCUUUUUGGCUGAACAAGAGCCAAUUUACAUUUUACCAAGGUACACGAUGAACGGAACUGAGCUUAUCGGACCGAGCAUGCCCAAGAUGAAGGCAUUGCAAAGAACAGAGGUGUCUUUGUGGCUUGCUGUCCUUUUGAAGAAGCAAAACAAGUGCAGUAUAGUCAUUCCUGACUGGCUCAGCGUACCCUUCUUGAAAGCCAAGUAUAUCGAGGAGCAGCAAAGAAAGGAGAGAGUCAGCGAGCUGCCUUGGCAUUGGAUCCCGACCUCUAAGAUUCUUCUCGAUGUGUGCUCAGACGACUUCAUCGAUUCUCCGCAUGAGCUACGGUCCCUCAUCCAGGAUCUGCGGGAGAUUCGCAUGCUCAAGACACGUCAAGGUUUUGCAAUGGUCGACGACGAGUACUUGGAGUUAACCGGUUUAAGUUUAAUGGAAAUCAACGAGAUUCGUCCGUUCUUGCUACAGACAAUGAACACGCUCCGUGACUUGCGGAAGGUGACGCUGUCG